ACUCCAAAGGUGGAUGCGUUAAAAGUUAUUGUUAUUAAUUUAAUCAUUUUGAGAAAAAACAAAGCUGCCAAUGCGAUAAAGUUAAUUUGUUUUAAAGUAGAAACUAAGCAGAUCCAAACAUGUCGGAUUCAGAGAAAGUUGUGGACGAAUUCUCAAAUGAAAUCCUCACGGCCGUGGAGCCCAGAGAAACCAUUUGGUACUCCAUAGGACAGCUUGUGGAGAUGAUUGAAUGUCCAGGUUGUGGAAAAUCUAUGGUAUCCUUCAAAAACCGCUUCGCCCACGUUAAGAAGUGCUUCAGCAUCAAAAGACGAGGUCCUCUGUACAGAAUCCAUGGCUAUGCGGAGUGCAAGUGCGGUUUACUCAUAGCAGACACUGCCAAAGCCCAAAAACUGCAUGUUUGUAUGGGUAAAGUUCGACCCUGCAAGCCAAGUUUGCCAGUUGAGCCGGAAAAACCUCCGGCUGAAGCACAACCUCCCGAAGAACUACCCUCCACGACAAAGAAAAGCGAGCCUGUUCAGAUUUUGGAGCAAACUGUGAAGCCCCAAAGCAAAACUUGGAUUCGCAACUUUAUCUGCCCUAUAAAGCAAAAGGAACUACCAUUCCUGGAUGUUUCCUGUUCCAAUGAAACCGAAACAAAGCCAACCUCAAGGCCGCGUGUCCGUAACUUCGACAAACCAUCCCGAGUGCUGGCUCCCAAGGAUGUCUGUGUCUACUCCAUAAUUCGCAAGAAUGGAGCUAUUUCGGUGGCGGGCAGAUCGAUCCUAACGCAGCGAGGGAGUAACGAAAACAUUGUCUUGAUUAAAAAGCGAAAACUGCGACUGCCCGCAAUAAAGCAAAGCGGAAAAUCAUGACCAUAAGUUUAUAGCAAAUGUAGAUCAAGCACGUUAGUUAACUAUAUCUAAGCCAUUACUUUAAUAUCGACAGAGCAUUUAGGAGACUGUUUUUCGUAAGAACUUUUGCUUAAUUAAAAAUCAAACUAAUAUGAAUUACUUUUUUUUAAGUUUAAGGCAGUGUACCUUAUUGACUACGUUACUAUUUUUAAUUUGUUUUAACUUUCCGGGGAAACGAAAAAAUUCAAUUCCUUUUAGAAUAGAUUACUUAAAAUAUGUCGAUUUUAUUUGCUUAAAACAGAAGAUGUAAAAAAAACAGAAUAUAUCUUAAUAAAGAUUCGGUUAAAGAAAUAUAUAUGGUUUACUGAUUCUCUAUGAGGAAUUGAAUUUUUAAAAAUUGUUCUGAUUGCGUUUAACCUUUUUUUAGCCUUUAAGUUUGCUUACAUUAAUCUCGAUUAAAUGCUUAAACCAAAAUUACAUUUUGUAUUCAAUGUUUUUUU